ACACACGUCCCACGAUAUUCAAAAUGAAAGGAGUGAGGCAUCCUCCGCUACAUGCGAGAACUCAUUUUCCACUUUUGCAAACUUGUUCAGUCAGCACAGAAGAAAGCAUGCUACACCAGGAAAGCUCAACUAACCCAACUGGAAUUUGAGGGAGAUCUUACAAGAAGAUUUCGGGGAGAAUGGAAUGAAAGUUCCACAAUGCAUCAAGGAGGCUGGAACUCUUCUGAAAAGAGUUGGAUCUCCAAGAUCAUCAAGAAGAGAGUGUGCACCACAUUCAUAGAGGACUGCCUUAGUAAUGGGGCGCUGUGCCAGUGCGGGGGUGAGCGUGAAACGCACGGCUCCAUCGCUACGAGAGACUAUUUCGGUGCAGCCAUCGUCAGCCAGUGGGAUAGCUCUCAGCACUCCUCAGAGUACCCCACCGACGCCUUCGGAGAGUUGGAGUUCGCAGAGGCUGGCAGGAGACACAGCCAUUUCCUGCGCCUGUCGUGCGACACCACCCCUCAGAUGGUAUACACCCUGAUGACAGCCCACUGGGGGGUACCCUCCCCCAACCUGGUGGUUUCUGUGGUGGGGGGUGAGGGGUGCGAGAAAGUCAAGACCUGGGUCAGGGAGGUGCUGAGACAGGGGCUGGUCAGGGCAGCACAGAGCACAGGGGCGUGGAUAGUGACGGGGGGGCUGAGGGAGGGAGUGAGUCAUUGUAUUGGGGAAGCAGUGAGGGAUCAUGCGGCGGCGGCCUCCUCCCUGUCCCAGAAGAAAGUCAUCGCUGUGGGCGUGGCCCCCUGGGGGUUGGUGCACAACAGACAGCAGCUCAUCAACGCACAGGGUAGUUUUCCAGCACAAUAUUAUGUCCAGAACACAUCCCGUGACUCGUGCUGCCUGGAUAAUAACUACCAGGCCUUCCUGCUGGUGGAUGAUGGGAGUGUAGGCCGGCGGGGAGGGGAGAUGGUCUUCAGGGCCAAGAUGGAGGACUACAUCUCCCACCAACGCACAGGCAUCUGGGGCAGUGGCAGUAUAGAUGUCCCUGUAUUGUGUAUGCUCAUCUCAGGGGACGCUGCCAUGCUGGAGAGGGUGGAUCUCUCUCUGAAGAAGGCUACUCCCUGGCUGGUGUUGAAUGGUUCUGGUCCAGCGGCGGAUCUCAUCUGUGAGCUGCUGGAUGCACUGUCAGCCGGGCCCAUGAGCCCCCCCUCUCCCCAGCCAGAGGGUGAGGGGAGCAAGAGCCCCAGUGCGGAGCUGCGCGACAGGGCCCGUGAGAGGGUCCGGUGGCACUUUACUGCCGAGGAAGACCUGGAGAAGCUGGUGGACAGGGCUCUGAGUAUCUACCAGAACAGAGAUCUGAUCACAGUUUUCCACGGGGAGCAGGAGAGUUCUGAUGAUUUUGACACAGUGCUACUGAAGGCUCUCGUCAGAGCUAGUAAACGUGUGUCCAGCGAUGCCAGUGAGUACACAGAGGAGCUGAAGCUAGCAGUAGCCUGGAACAGGGUGGACAUCGCUAAGAGUGAACUCUUCAAUGGAGGCAUCCAAUGGCAGUACGAGGACCUAGAGGAUUCCAUGACGGACGCGCUGAUCAACGACAAGCCCCAGUUUGUGCGUCUCUUCACCGAGAAUGGCCUCAACAUCCUGGACUACCUGACAUACCGGCGUCUGGAGGGCCUGUACCGCUCGCUUUCCGACAGCUCUCUGGCCUACACGCUGCUCCAGCGCCUCCUCACAGAGAGGCAGGGCUUGGCCGGGUCUCUGCCCACCGUCCCCUGCUCUCUGGACAGGGCCUCGCUCCUCAAGAGCCCCAUAUCAGAACCCUCGUCGGCCAAAGAGCUCAGCUUGUAUGAGAUGUCAAGGCUUCUAUGGGACAUCCUGGGAGAUGUGUGUGAGCCCUUCUACUACAGACCUCUGAAGUUGGACCAGAGCACCAGCACCAGGAGAGCACUGAAGCACAUGAAAAAGUUGUUGCUGGAGGAGUGUACAUACAAGGAGCAGCGCUGUCUCUCUCCCUGGGCCUCUCUGUUCAUCUGGGCCGUGCUGCAGAACCGCAGCGAGAUGGCCGUCUACUUCUGGGAGAGGGCAGGGGAGUCUGUCCUCAGUGCUCUGGCAGGCUGUAAGAUUCUGAGGGAACUGUCUAAGCUGGAGAGUGAGACGGAGACCAAGCUCUCUAUGAAGGAGCUGGCCCAGAAGUUUGAGAACUUGGCCCUUGACGUGUUCAGUGAGUGCUACCAGAGCAGUGAAAGACGCUCCUUCACCCUCCUUAUAAGGAAGUCUCCUGUGUGGGGCGGAGCUACCUGUCUGCAGAUGGCCACUGCAGCUGACGCCCGCCUCUUCUUCAGCCAUGACGGCGUGCAGUCUCUGCUGUCUCAGAUAUGGUGGGGAGACAUGGAGAGGAGCACGAAAGUAUGGAAACUGGUCCUCACUUUCUUCUUACCCCCCCUCAUCUACACCAACCUCAUCACUUUCAGGGAACAGGAGGAGGAGGGGAAGUCUGAGGAGGUGACUCAUGGUCGGGACACAGAGAGUCUGGAUGGAGGAGAUGCCACCGUGUUUUCCCUCGCCGACAUCAUGCAAACGGAAGAGGAUGCUGAGGAAUAUGCUGCUUUAAGGGCCAAACUGAAAGGUGCCUCCAAUCCCAAGAGGCCCUUCAUACUGCAGCGCUGGAGGGAGUUCUGGUUUGCGCCCGUCACCUCGUUCCUGGGCAACGUGCUGAUGUACUUCCUGUUCCUCUCCUUGUUUGCUUAUAUCCUAUUGUUGGACUUCAAGCCCCCGCCGCCUCACGGCCCGUCCACCUUAGAGUUUGUUCUAUACUUCUGGGUCUUCACCAUGGUCUGUGAGGAGAUUCGACAGACGUUCUUCGUGGGCAGCAACACUAUAUAUCAGAGGAUGAGUCUCUACAUCCAGGACAUGUGGAAUAAGUGUGACAUCUUGGCCAUCUCACUCUUUGCCCUGGGCAUGUGCUGCAGAAUGUUCCUGUGGUCCUAUGAGUUUGGCCGUGCUGUGUUUGCUGUGGACUACAUGGUGUUUACCCUUCGUCUCAUCCACAUCUUCGCCAUCCACAAACAACUGGGACCCAAGAUCAUCAUCGUCGGCAACAUGAUGAAGGACAUCUUCUUCUUCCUCUUCUUCCUGGCGGUGUGGCUCAUGGCCUACGGCGUAGCCAAUCAGGCACUGCUCUACUCCUAUGACCCCCGUCCCAAUUGGAUCUUUCGCAGAGUGUUCUACAGGCCAUACCUACACAUAUUUGGACAGAUCCCCAUACACGAAAUGGAUGCUGAUAAACUGGAGGAGGGGAUACAGUGCACCAAUAACGCAACCCUGAUCGAGGCAGGGGCAGAGCCUUGCAUGAGUACCUACGCCAACUGGCUGGUGGUCAUCCUACUGGUCAUCUACCUGUUGGUCACCAACAUCCUCCUGGUCAAUCUGCUCAUCGCCAUGUUCAGUCAUACGUUCUCAAAAGUGCAGGAGAACAGCGACACCUACUGGAAGUUUCAGCGCUACAAGCUUAUCUUGGAGUACCAUUCCAGACCCUGCCUGGCGCCACCCUUCAUCAUCAUCUCCCACCUCCACCUCUUCAUCAAGAGGCGCAUCCGCAGGAUCCCCUCCCUCAAGAUCAAACACUUUGUUCUGGAGAUCCAUGGUAGGCAGGCCAGUAAACUAAACAUGUGGGAGGCCAUCCAGAAGGAGAAUAUACUCUCUGCCCAGAACAAACGAGAGAGAGAGAGCGACUCGGAGAGACUCAAACGCACCUCCAUCAAGGUGGACAGUGUCCUAAAGCAGAUGGUAAAGAUCCAGGACCACAACCGCAGGCUGAGAGUGCUAGAGACCGAGUUGGAGUAUUGUUCUAGUGCCCUCUCCUGGAUGGUGGACGCUCUCUCUCAGAGUAACUUGAUAAAACCCACACGUCCUCCGCCCAUUCUCAGAGAACAGCCUCAAUUUGUCGGGGCAUGGACUCUACAAGGUGUCUAAAGGCAUGCUGGCCCAUGUUGACUCAAAUGCUUCUUCAAAUGCAGUUCUUGACACACUCAAACCGGUGCAACUGGCACCUACUACCAUACCCCAUUCAAAGGCACUUACAUAGUUUGUCUUUCUUCUGAAUGGCACACACACAAUAUGUAAUAUAUAUAUCAAUUUUCUCAAGGCUUAAAAAUCCUUCUUUAACCUGUCUCUUUCCCUUCGUCUACACUGACUGAAGUGUAGGCGACAUCAGUAAGGGAUGAACCUGGUCAGCUUUCACCUGUUCAGUCUAUGUUCCUAAUGUUUUGUACCCUGUGGUUCUUCAAUCAAAAGUUUCUUCACGGUACUGUUUUAUGGUGCAUUACAGUGCUUGCCGUUAAUGCUUAUCCAAACCAUCAGUGGGCAUCUUUGAGCAAAUAUACUCUAAUUACUAAUGAGGGCAUUUGAAGCUGAGCAGAGGUCAUCAUGCCAUGCAAUUGUGAAUAUUUAUUUUAUAGUAUUUGAUAGCCUAAUAAUAAUAAUCUUCCAAUUGUGAAUUAAGAACUGGGCAGGAGUAGGCUACAUACAGGCUACAUACAGUACAAUGACUAUACCCGGGAAAGAAAAGCAACAUGCUUCCUACUGUACAAAUGUAACUCGUUCAGUCACAUGCAGACCAGAUGUUAUGAUUUUGUUGAUGUCAAGGUUUGUAAUAAUAUGCAAUUUGCCAAUCAAAUAUACUCCAUUCUCCAGCUUGUUGGUGCUUGCUUCUCUGCACAAAUCAUUUGACUUCUGCAGUUUGAGAUGAUGUACAGUGGGGCAAAAAAGUAUUUAGUCAGCCACCAAUUGUGGAAGUUCUCCCACUUGAAAAGAUGAGAGAGGCCUGUAAUUUUCAUCAUAGGUACACUUCAACUAUGACAGACAAAGAGAGAAAAAAAUCUCAAAUCACAUUGUAGGAUUUUUUAAAUGAAUUUAUUUGCAAACUUGCACAAUUGGUGGCUGACUAAAUAUUUUUUGCCCCACUGUAUUCCCUUUUCUUUAUGAAAAGAAGUUGAUACUGGCCUUUUAUUUACCAUUUAUUUCUAAUAUUAGCUUGAUUAUAGAUGUCACUACAACUUGAUUGGAGUCCAUCUAUGGCCAAUUCAAUUGUUUGGACAUGAUUUAUAAAGAAACUUACAGUGCAUGUCAGAGCAGAAACUAUACCAUGAAGUCCAAGGAACUGUCCAUAGAUCUCCGAGAUUUGUGAUGAGGCAUAUAGCGCAUUCGGAAAGUAUUCAGACCCCUUGACUUUUUCCACAUUGUUACGUUACAGCCUUAUUCUAAAAUUGAUUAAAUAUUUUUUCCCCUCAUCAAGUCUACACAUAAUAACCCCCCUUUUUUUUGCAAAUGUAUUAAAUAUGACAAACAUACCUUAUUUACAUAAGUAUUCAGACCCUUUGCUAUGAGACUCGAAAUUGAGCUCAGAUGCAUCUUGUUUCCUUUGAUCAUCUUUGAGAUGUUUCUACAACUUGAUUGGAGUCCACCUGUGGUAAAUUCAAUUGUUUGGACAUGAUUUUGAAAGGCACACAACUGUCUAUAUAAGGUCCCACAAUUGACAGUGCACGUCAGAGCAGAAACCAAGCCAUGAGGUCGAAGGAUUGCGUCGGCACAGAUCUGGGGAAGGUUACCAAAAAAUGUCUGCAGCAUUGAAGGUCCCCAAAAACAGUGGCCUCCCUCAUUCUUAAAUGGUAGUUUGAACCACCAAGAUUCUGCAGCACUCCAUCAUUCAAGCCUUUAUGGUAGAGUGGCCAGAUGGAAACCACUCCUCAGUAAAAGGCACAUGACAGCCGGCUUGGAGUUUGCCACAAGGCACCUAGACUCUCAGACCAUGAAACAAGAUAGUCUGGUCAAAUGAACCAAGAUUGAACUCUUUGGCCUGAAUGCCAACCGUCACAUCUGGAGGAAAUCUGACACCAUCCCUACGGUGAAGCAUGGUGGUGGCAGCAUCAUGCUGUGGGGGAUGUUUUUCAGAGGCAGGGACUGGGAGUCUAGUCAGGAUCGAGGGAAAGAUGAACGGAGCAAAGCACAGAGAUCCUUGAUGAAAACCUGCUCCAGGGCGCUCAGGACCUCAGGCUGGGGCAAAGGUUCACCUUCCAACAGGACAAAGACCCUAAGCACACAGCCAAGACAACGCAGGGGUGGCUUCGGGACAAUCUCUGAAUGUCCUUAAGUGAACCCUAUCAAUGUGAGAUCAUUUUUAUUUUAUUUUAGAAAUGUUCAAAAAUUCACACA